AUGUUUAAAGAAAAAUAUUUACGACGAUCGGAAAUCACAACAUCAAAAGAUGUUUCUCUUAUGAAAUUACAAAAUGAUCCACGUGUACCAUCUCAAUCGGAUAAUUCUAUUUAUGAUCUUUAUACUAUUCCAAAAGAUGCUGAUGAUGAUUCAGAUGUUUUUAAUUAUACAACAUCAAAUGAUAUUAUUUCUACACUUAUUAAUGGUGAUCAUGAAAUUAUUCGUACACUUGAUUUGCUUAUUCAUAUAACAAAAGUUAAAUUAUCUGAAACAAAUCUAAAUGCUGAAUUAAUUUUACCACCAUGUCCAAAUAAAUCAACAAGAAUCAAAGCAGCAACAAGUGGUCGAGAUUGGGUUUAUGACGAAGUACAAAUUGAAGGUGAUGAAGAUGAUCUUAAUAGAAAAAAUCUUAAUAAUAAUCAAGAUGAACACGAUGAAGGUUGGGGUGAUACUGAAAUUGAAUUACCACCUGAUCUUACACGGAAAGUAUUAAGUGUUCGUAAAAAAAAUCCAAUUGCUGUACAUCCAUUAAAUUAUGAUGAAUAUAAUCCAUUUAAUAUUUGUGCAGCAUCCUAUGUACCACAUUUAUCGUGA